ACACACAUUCACUCAAACAGCAGUUUGUAUCAGAGACAGUCUGACUUUGACAAUCCAACGGUGCACAUUGCAACGAGAGAAAAACCACUGGAAAACAUGGAAUUCAACACCAGAGAGAAUCAACCAAUCGAUUUCUACCUCAGUUACCUUGAAGAACAGGUACGGUUGGAGCUGAAGGACGGCGAGGCGACACUCACCCAAUGUGAAUCUGAGGGAAGAGUUCACCUAAUCAUCCGGGAGGACCUGCUGGCCGAUCUCCUCAAUCAGCUCCAACUCCAGAGAGAGGGCAGCGGUUGGGGCCAUGAGAAAGAGCUGAUGCAGAAGGAGAUAGGUGAGUUAAAAGUUCUUUUGGCUGAACGUGUCCCCUCCCCACCCAGGGAAACAGAGCAUCUGAGAUCCCAACUGGUCAAAACCAGCAACAGGCUGCGAAAAGCCCAAAAAGAUCUGGACCUGCAGUACUUCAUUGCUGAAGACCUGAAGGUUGAAUUGGAGCAGGUGAAGGGAGAGAAGGAGGCCCUGAAAAAGGAAGUUGAGAGUCAAAAGAUGGAGCUUUGUAAGGAGAGACAGAAGCUCACGGUAAGUAAAACCAACGUGGAGUUAGAGUUGGGGAGCUUUCUGGAGAUGGAGCGGGCUCAAGUUCAGGAGCUGAAGGAUAAGUUGAGAAAGAUGGAGGAAGCUCUCCAAGAACAGGGGAAGGAGGCAAAGAAGAUACGUGAAAGAUCCCAGUCUUCCCGUACAGCCCGGCUGGAUGAGGCUCUGGCUGAGCGUGUCCCCUCCCCACCCAGGGAAACGGAGCAUCUGACAUCCCAGCUGGAAAAAGCCCAAAAAGACCUGGACCUGCAGACCUUCACUACUGAAGCCCUGAAAGUCGAUUUAAAGCACAUGAAAGGAGAGAUGCAGGCCCUUCUAAAUAUUGUGGCGAGGCAGAAGUUGAAGCGUCGAAAAGAGAGGCAGAUCCUCACGGUAAGUAAGACUGCCAACGUGAUGUUGGAGAGCCAUCUGGAGAUGGAGAGGGAUCGAGCUCAGGAGCUGAUGGAUAAAUUGAGUAAGGUGGAGGAAGAUCUCCUAAAACAGGACGAGGAGGCCAAGGAGAUUAUGGAAAGAUCCCAGGCUUCCCAUAGAGCCCAGCUGGAGAGACAGGACACAAACAACAAGACCCUCAUGGCUGCUCUUGAGGAAAAGUAUGAUCAGCUGGAGAGUGAGCGUGUCCUAUGGCAGCAGGAGAAAACCACCCUGCUAGAGGAGAGCGACAAAUCAAGAGCCUCCUAUGUGGAUCAGAAUGAGGAGCAGAGCUUUGUGAGUGACUGCCUCCUCGCAGCUCUGAAGAACACUGAGCAGCAGCUGGAGAGUGAUCUCAACCAGUGGAAGGAGGACAAGACAUCCCUCCUUCAGGCCACAGAAAGCCUGAAGCUGACUCAGCUGGAAAAAGAGCAGGAGUGGGAGAGGACUGAGAGCACCUUGAGGUCCCAGCUGGUAGAUCUUCAGAGCCAGAUAAUGGAAAAGCCAAAGAAGAAGAAGUGGUACAAAAAGCUUCUACCUGGCUGAGGAAGA